AUGGCUCUGUCGCCUUCACUCAUAACCAAUGCUGACUCUCUCCCCUUCUCUGAGGUCUGCGCUGCAGUCAGAAAGCUCGGCGACCCUUUGGCCUCCAAUGCAGACAAAACUGAAUUCGCUUUGGGGCUUUUGAGCCGCUUCAGCGCGGAGUGCGAUUUGUUUCCUUUCUUGCGGCUGCUGCUGCCGCACCGAGACCGGCGGCGGCCUUUUCUAGGGCUGCGUCUGGGGGCCGUGCUGGGGGUUUACGCUGAGGCCUUUGCGCUUCCUGCUGCUGCAGUUUCGCUGCUGCAGCAAUACAAAGACCCAGCAGCAGCAGCAGCAAUCCACGCCCACGCCCUCCUCAACAGGCUCUCCGACCUCAAGGCAAGUCAAGGCUGGAAGAUCUGGAGGGACUUUUCAAGCGACGCGAAGCCGGGUGAGCAGCAGCAGCAGCAGCAGCAGCAGCAACAGCAGCAGCAGCAACAGCAGCAGCAGCAACAACAGCAGCAGGAGUUCCUGCUGCUGGUGCUGUUGCUGGUGCUUUUGCUGGUGCUUUGGCUGGUGUUUUUGCUGCUGCUUUUGCUGCUGCUUUCGCUGCUGCUUUUGCUGCUGCUUUUGCUGCUGCUUUUGCUGCUGCUUUUGCUGCUGCUUUUGGUGCUGCUUUUGCUGCUGCCUUUGCUGCUGCUUUUGCUGCUGCUGCUGCAGCAACAGCAGCAAAUAGGUGCCAUGGGCACCGACUACACCCAAAGAUACGGAUACACCUCAAGGCACCGCCACCAGCAGCAGCAGCAGCAGCAGCAGCAGCAGCAGCAGCUGCAGCAGCAGCAGCAGCAGCAGCAGCAGCAGCCUCCUGAGGACCUGUGCGUGCUGCUGCUGCAGCAGUUCAGAGGCCACAGCUGCAUUUUAGAUGGAGAGAUUUUUGCUGCUGACAGCAGCAGCAAAAAGCCCUUGCCCUUCAAAAGCAUCAAGCGAGUUGCUGCUGCUGAGACUGCGCAGCAGUUUCUGGUGUAUGUGGUCUUCGACAUUUUGUCUUACAGCAGCAGCGACGGCGUUGAGGUGUACAGACAGCCCCUGUUGAACAUGCGCUUGGAAGACCGCAAAUUAGAAAAAUGCUGCAGCAAGAGUGCAGCAAAGGCAGCGAAGGACUUGUCCUCAAAGAGCCGCUUUCCUUCUAUAGACUCGACUCGCGGCAAGUUGCCCCCUGCUGCUGCUGCUGCUGCUGCUGCUGCUGCUGCUGCUGCUGCUGCUGCUGCUGCUGCUGCUGCUGGCACUGCUGCUGCUGCUGCUGCUGCUGCUGCUGCUGCUGCUGAUUGUGCUGCUGGUGGUGAUCCUGACUGCGUUGAUGAUGGUGAUGGUAUGCAGAAGGUCACUCGAGAAAUGCUGCAAAAAGAGCAGCAGCAGCAGCAGCAGCAGCAGCAGCAGCAGCAGCAGCCGCAGCCACAACAACAACAGUGCCAGCAGCACCAGCAGCACCAGGUGGACGUGACGUGGCCCGUGCAUGUGAGCUGGGUGGUGUCUUUAAUUGCUGCUGAGUUUAUUGUCUCCAACGAAUUUGAUAUUCCCUUUACCUUCCGCUUCCCGCGGCUGCUGGAGGCCCCGCGCAGAGACAAAACUCCCCGGGAGGCUACCACGCUGCAGCAGCUGCUGCAGCUGCAGCAGCAGCAGCAGCAAAAGCAGCAGCAGCAGCAGCUGCCAGGCUUCUCUUCUGGAAACGACUCGCUGUCUCCACGGGGCGACGAUUCCCCUCAAGACCUGUUGGAGGAGCCGCAGCAGCAGCAGCAGCAGCAGCAGCAGCAGCAGCAGCAGCAGCUCAGAGCUCAGGAUACGAGCAGCUUCAACACUUCGGGAACAGUGGAGACAGCCGCGUGUUUAGAAGAUUUUGAGGAGCCCCAAGAUCCGCUGCUUGCAGCUUUUUCCAAAGCCAUGACACAGCAGCAGCAGCAGCAGCAGCAGCAGCAGCAGCAGCAGUGCGAGAAGCAGCAGCUGCAGCAGAUAGGGCUAGCUGCGGAGGCCGGCAACUUGGGGUCAGCUGAAGCGCCGCGGCAGACAGCAGCAGCUCCGGAAGCUCCUAUGCUCAUUGACCCGCAGGACAGCAGCAGCAGCAGCAGCAGCAGCUGCAGCAGCAGCAGCAGCAGCAGCUGCAGCAGCACCGAUUGCAGCAAUACCCUCCAAAGCACCGCCUUCCCGCUGUCUCCUUAUCCGUACGCCAAGCGCCAGCGCAGAAAUGCUGCUACAGCACUAUUGUCACCUACAGCAGCAGCAGCACCGGCAGCAGCAGCAAAAGCAGCAGCAGCAGCAGCAGCAGCAGCAAAGCGGAGCCGGGCUGGGGUCAUCAAAGGCUCCCCUCACCGGCUUGUGAGCCACCUGCUGCCUGCGCGCGUUGCACCACCUUCCGGCAGCGCAGCAGCAGCAGCAGCAGCAGCAGCAGCGCCAGAAGCAGGUGCAGCAGCAGCAGCAGCAGCUGCUGCUGCUGCUGCUGCAGGCCGUGACUUGCCGCUGCGGGGCCUGCAGCUGUGGGUGUUGGAAGGAGACUUGAAGCACCCAAAAGAAGCUUUAGAAAGAGUGGCCCUUUCCUUGGGUGCUGCUGUGCUGCAGUCUCCCCGUGGAAGUUUAUUUGCUGCUGUUGCUGCUGCUGCGAGCUUCCGCACUGCAGCAGCAGCAGCAGCCUUCCCGCAGGUGCCCGUGCUGCGCCUGGAGUGGCUGCUGGCCUGCCAGCAGCAGCAGCAGCAAGUCCCGCUGCUGCCCCGCUUCCUGCUGCAUGCGCCGCAGCAGCUGCAGCAGCAGCUCGCCCAGGACUAUGACCAAUACGGAGACAGCUAUUAUGACUCCACUACCCCAGAGGAGCUGCGGCACUGCCUCCAAGCAGCAGCAGCAGCAGCAGCAGCAGCAGCAGCAGCAGCAGCAGCGCCUGCUGCUGCGGCUGCUGAGGGCAGCAGCGCUAGCGGCGCAGCGCGCAGCCCGGUCUCGGACUUGCAAAAGCAGCAGCAGCAACAGCAGCAGCAGCAAAGUGGGGCGGCAGCAGCAGCAGCAGCAGCAGCAAAGGAGCACUGCAGCAGCCCUGCAGCCAGGGGGACGCCCUCACGCACGUGGCGGGCGGUAACUGCAGCAGCAGCAGCUCUUGCUGCAGCAGAAGCAGCAAGGACUCCAACCAGGAGGGUUCUCCACACUGCAGGGGGAGCUGCUGCUGCUGCUGCAGCAGCAGCAGCAGCAGCAGGCACGCCAUGCAGUGAACCGAGCACAGGUCUGAACAGAGAAGCAGCAGCAGCAACACCUGCAGCAGCAACACGUGCAGCAGCAACACCUGCAGCAGCAACACCUGCAGCAGCAACACCUGCAGCAGCAACACCAGCAGCAGCAGCAGCAACAGCAGCAGGAUCUGAAGGCAAAGAUGAUAUAAAGGACACACUAGAGCUGCUGCUUGCUGCUGCUGCGGAAAUUGAUGAAAGCGCAGCAACGCUGUUCAGCCUCUACAACACUAACUACUACUUUGAAGAUAAGCAAGCAGCAGCAGCAACAGCAGCAACAGCAGCAGCAGCAGCAGCAGCACCGGCACCAGCAGGAGCAGCAGCAGCAGCAGCAGCAGCAGCAGCAGCCGAAGACACUGAUUUGACGUCCGAUACAUCCUGCCAGGCGCUUGGAGAAUGGCCUGCUGCUGCAGCAGCAGCAGCAGCAGCUGCUGCUGCUGCUGCUGCACCAGUGCUGCGGCGACGCGCGACAAAAGCUCUCUAUACUUUUCUGGGAGGCUGUCCUGCUCUCUCCCCUGCUGCUGCAACGCACAUAGUAACUUCGGGGGCCCCCGUGUCUGGCCCUGCUGCUGGGGGGCCCCCGGGGGCCCCCAAGGAGGGGCCCCUCGGGGGCCCCAACAGCAGCAAGCAGCAGCAGCAGAGCACAGCAGAGACUGCUGCUGCACCUGUUCUCUCUUGGGAAGCUGUGGAAGAGAAGGUCCACGCAGUUCAAGCAGCAGCAGCAACAGCUGCUGCUGCUGUUGCUGCAGCUGCUGCUGCUUUCACCCCGAAUACUAGCAGCUCAGCUGCAGCAGCUGCCGCUCCUGCUGCUGCGCUCGGAACUCUUCCUUAG